AACUUCUGAGUUUUAGGCGAAAGACACAAAGUUGUUAAUUUAUUUCAAAAGCGAGCGUCGCGACAAGCUAACAUGUAGCUUUCCUAGCUUCAGCUGAGUAAACUAACGGCAACGCGUCAGCUAACCUCGGCUAACGGUAACUGAGUCCGUGAAUUGGGAGAGAGUGACACCAGGAUGGGAAUGCUACAGUAGCAGCGCUGUGCCAGAACUGAGGAUAAAGUUUCACCUCUAUGCUGCAUUUAGAACCACUACUCAUUUUUUCAUAGCAGCUCGACAUCAGAGCACUUUGACAAGAAUAAAGGCGUUGGAUAUGCCCUGCGUUCCUGCUUGAGCUGAGCCCCGGGAUGUAUGAUGACUAACUGAAACGUUCUGAAUCAAUGGACAAGAGGACGUUCCCUGCCACAAUGUACAGGCAAGGGGAUGCAUCAUCCAAAAGACGCCCUUGUGGUGGAAGCGGGCUGCCUCAGCCUCCGCCACCGUCCACCUCUAUCCAGCAGGGGCGUAUCCGGGCUGUGGAGGUGGCGAGAGGAAGAACAGGGUACGGCUUUACGCUGUCAGGCCAAAGUCCAUGUGUCCUCAGCUGCAUCCUGAAAGGGAGCCCUGCAGACUACGUAGGUUUGCGUUCAGGAGACCACAUCCUCUCCGUCAAUGACAUCAAUGUCUCCAAGGCGUCGCAUGAAGAUGUGGUCAAACUGAUUGGACGCUGCUCUGGUGUCUUGAAACUGGUCAUCGCUGAGGGAGAACGCCACAGGCGGCACCAUCACCACCACCAACGCAACUCUGGAAGCCGUCAUCAUAGCAGCAACACGAUGGCAGCGUCUUACCUGGACUCAUGCUCUAGUGAUGAUGAGUUGGAUGGUUUCUAUGACAACAGUGUAAAUAACAACAAUAACAGCAGGUCAGGCUGUGGCGCCCGUGGCGGGUGGUACAAACCCAAACUGGACUCUAAGCAGCUGGGAAUCAACAGGGCAGAGAAGGUUGUGGCAGAGCUGCAGUCUGGAGGAAUUUUUAACAUGAUCUUUGAGAACUCCAGUCAGUCCUCCAGCAGCUCGGACAAGGACAGACCCGGGGUCAGCUCGUCGUCAAAGCCGCGCCCGCUGUCUGAUCCAGACUUCCCUCCGUAUCGGAACUCCUCCCGUUCACAGAGCAACCCAAAUCUGCUCUCUGAGGAGGAGAUGGCUCAAGUUCUCAAUGACGACUCAGUCUUCCUGGACGCAGACUUCCGUCAUCUCCACCUUCAGCACCUUCAGCACCAUGAAGAGCAAGACCUGGAUGUAGGAGAUGGUGGUGACUUGGGUCUGGAGCCCAGCGAGGGCAUCCUCAAUGUGGGUAUGAUCGUUGGCUAUCUGGGCUCCAUUGAACUGGCCUCCAUCGGGGCGAGCUUAGAGAGCGACAGCCUGCAAGCCAUCAGAUGCAGCAUGAGGCGCCUCCGGGCCGAGCAAAAGAUCCAUUCACUGGUCCUCAUGAAGGUGAUGCACGACAGCGUCCGUCUGUGCAGCGACAGAGGUCAGAUUUUGGCCACAUAUCCUGCCGAAAAACUCGCCUUCAGUGCCUGCUGUCCCGAUGACCGUCGAUUCUUUGGACUGGUCACGAUGCAGGCCACUGAUGACCACGACGAUUGUCACUUCAGCAACGGACGAGAUGAAGAGGGCAGUUUGAGGACUUCCUGUCACGUGUUCAUCGUGGACCCAGACCUCUGUCACCACCAGGUCCAUUUAGGUGUAGCGAGGAGGUUUGGCUUUGAGUGCACCCCCGACCCGGACACAGGAGGCUGCCUGGAAUUCCCUCCCAGUUCUCAGCCUCUCCUCCAGUUUGUCUCUGUCCUCUACCGGGACAUGGGGGACAACAUUGAGGGGGUCCGUGCCCGGGCCUUCCACGACCCAGACAACGACGCCCAGCAGAAUCACAGCACCAGCAGCAACAGUGACAGCGGGAUUGGCAACUUUUUACCAGAAGAGAAGAGCAACAGAGUGCUUUUAGUGGACCUCGGAGGUCCUCCUAACCACAACCACAUCUCUGGGCCACGCCACUGGGACAGCCCACCUUCAUCCCAGCAGGCCUGGAGCCCCACCCUCGGAGCUGCGGCCCCUCACCCACCUCCUCCUCCUCCGCCAGCCCUGAGAAAUGGCCACUACCGUCACGAUCCACACCUGGCUGACCUCCCGCACCCUCUCCCCUUGGCUCACCCCGAUGUCCCUGGCAGGCACUCUCGAGGGGUCCACCCACACCACUACUCACCGGGGAAGCGGGGAGGAGCUGUGGGAGGAGGAGAAAAGAGAGGGGGUGGAGGAGUAGGAGCAGGGGUGGAGCCGCAGCGGUGGCUGCCAGUCCAUGUGCUGAGAGACUGGCGUCAGCAGCACCACCACAGCCACCUCCAGGGCCUGAGCAGCGACCAGGAGUCCUACGCCGAAUCCACCGACGGAUGGUCAUCGGCUAACUGCAGCACCCUGCCCCCACCCAUGAAUAAGAUCCCGGCCGACCGCUACAGGGCCCCGCUGGCCCCCGGGGACCACCUGCCACCACCUGGAGGGAGCCAACCUCCUCCUCCUUCACAUCCCCACACCCACCGGCUGGCUGCUCACAAAGAUGAGUGGGCUAAGAAGCUGUUUGGUGGAGACAGAGAGAGAGCCGGAGCAGAGAGAGGUGAAAGAGAGAAGAAGCGAGGGAAUACUAAGGAAGGAGAGAAAAAGGGUGGUCGGUUCCGUGGUCUGACCAUGGGUUUCCCUCCUCUCCCCCAGCGCUCCUCAGCCAGACGCUCUUUUGGACGCUCCAAACGUCUCAGUCUGGCCCGUUCACUGGAUGACCUUGAGUCCGCUGCAGUCUCCGAUGGAGAACUUAACAGCGUGGAGCUGCAGGGCUGCAGCAGCGACAACAGUCUGAACAGUAAUGCCAGCCUGCCCAGCGUUCAAAGCCACCGGCGCCACACUGAGAGGAGAGUGGCCAGCUGGGCUGUCUGCUUCGAGAGACUCCUGCAGGACCCCGUGGGAGUCCGCUACUUCUCGGAGUUCUUAAAGAAAGAGUUCAGUGAGGAGAAUAUCCUGUUCUGGCAGGCUUGUGAGUUCUUCAGUCAUGUCCCUGAGAAUGACAAGAAGCAGCUCUCCCAGCGUGCCAGGGAGAUCUACAACAGCUUCCUGUCCAGUAAAGCGACAACCCCGGUUAACAUAGAUAGUCAAGCCCAGCUUGCUGACGACAUCCUCAACGCCCCGCGACCUGACAUGUUCAAGGAGCAGCAGCUGCAGAUCUUCAACCUGAUGAAGUUUGACAGCUACACGCGGUUCCUCAAGUCUCUCCUGUACCAGGAGUGUAUGCUGGCGGAGGUGGAGGGGAGGCCCCUGCCUGACCCUUACCACAUCCCGAGCAGCCCCACCUCCAAACACAGCACCACGGGCUCCGACCGCUCCAACCUGUCAACGCCCAAGAAGGAGGACAAAAAGAGCAAGUCAGGCAGAUCUUUAAAUGAGGACAGUCGAGAUGACUCAGGAGACCGGAGGAAAGGCAUGUUCUUCUCCUGGUCCCGCAACAGGAGCUUUGGCAAAGGCCCGAAGAAACGAGAGCUGACUGACUUCAACUACAAUUUCUCUGGCAGCAAUGGUCGCCGGGAAUCCCAGGGCUCGCUGUCUUCAGGAGCCAGUCUGGAGCUGGGGACAUCAGGCUCGGGGAGGAACGAGGGUGAUGUUUCCCGUGGUGCAGUAUCAGUGUCAGCAGAGCGCGGAGGGGGCAGCGCCCCCUUGAGGCAGUGUAACAUUAGCUUACCGGACGGCUCAUGUUGCUCUGUGCCACUGAGGGCCGGAGUGUCCAUCAGGGACCUGCUGCUUGGUCUCUGUGAGAAGCUCUGCAUCAACCUGGCAGCUAUAGACCUGUUCCUGGUCGGAGGGGAGAAGCCACUUGUUUUAGAUCAAGACUGUAUGACGUUGUGCUCUCGUGACCUCCGGCUAGAAAAACGCACUCUCUUCAGACUCGACUUGGUCCCUAUUAACCGUUCAGUGGGCCUAAAAGCAAAGCCCACCAAGCCAGUGACAGAGGUCCUCAGGCCUGUGGUGGCCAAAUACGGCCUGCAUCUCGCUGACUUGGUGGCACGUAUUAGUGGGGAAUUGGAGCCAUUAGAUCUAGGCCUCCCUAUAUCCAACCUGGACGGGCUACGGGUGGUAUUAGAUAUUGCAGAAAACACUCCUGGUAAAGCAGAUAAACAGAAAGUAGCUCCCUCUAAGAGCCUCGUCCCGGCCUCGACAAGCAGAAACCAAUCGACAACAGGGGAGGACAGGCCGUCAGGGAAACCCGGCUCAACCCACCCCCAUGGGGAAAACGGCAAAGCUGGGCCCGGCCCUGACACAAGCAGCCAGCCGUUACCCAACCACUCUGUCUCUCUCCAUAAGGCUCCGGAGAAAAGAAAGCAGAAAAAGAUUAAUAUAGACGAAGCUGAAGAGUUCUUCGACCUCAUAUCCAAAGCUCAGAGCAACCGAGCAGACGACCAGCGAGGCCUGCUAAACAAAAGCGACCUGCAGCUCCCAGACUUUCUGCGCCUGUCGCCAACCAACCAGGCCGCGCUUCCUCUCUACGACCCCGAGCCCAGUUGCUCCACCCCUUAUUCCCGUAACCCCAACAACGGCAGCUUCCCUAGCAGCGGUCGCCGGGGCAAUAAGGCAAACAGCAACGACAGGGGAGGAGGAGGCGGCACCCACUUGCUCAACGCGAGCCAUCAGUCCCAGAGCUUGGACUCUGCACUGGGAACUGAGAGCGGAGGGGGCAGGAAAGCCAGACCGCCUCCUCCAUUUCCUGGCACCAUCUCCCCCAUACACCCGUCCUCCCAGGGUGCCCAGCGUGGUCUCCUCCAGGACUCUGGCAGGGGAGAAUCGGUCCAGAUGCUGGAGGAGGACACGCUGUCCGAUCUGACUCUUGUGGGAGAGGGGGACAUUAACAGCCCCAGCCUCAACUACGUCACUCCCGCAGCCCUACAGUGCAAACCCCGACCCCAACAACCAGCACAGGACGGGCGGCCUAGCUCAGGUACUUCCCCAGUGUGAGCUCUAAAACUUUUGAACUUUCACCUCUUACUUCAACUGACUGUAAGUGGGACUGGAGACCAGAUGGAGUCAGUUUGAAGUUCCUUGUUGGUCACUCUUUGCCCAGAAUGCAUCUAGAUUUCCUCUCUUUAUUUCAUGAAUCACUUUCUACUGUCUAAUUAAAAUAAUGUAACAUUUAUUUCCAGAUUCAUGAGU